CUGAGGGCCUUUCAUGUUAAGACAGAAAAGAAAACGAGUCAAGAAACUUUUGAAGCAAUCGUUAACCUCAGUCCGUGGGUCAACUACACGUUCAGGGUGAUAGCUGUCAAUCGUCGGGGCGCUGGACUUCCUGGUUACAAAAGAGCAAUGUGCAACACGCCCCCGUCCUACCCUUAUACUAACCCUGAGAAAGUCAGUGCCGCCGGAGACCAACCAGAUAAUCUGGUGAUUUACUGGGAGCCCAUGGAUAAAAUGGACUGGAACGGCGAUCGCUUCCGCUACCUCGUAAGGUACAAGCUGGAUGAACCCGGUGCGCAGUGGGAAGAGUUCGAAGUUGAAGAUCCGUUACAGAAUAGCGUGACCAUCAGGGACCAGCCAACGUUUAGAAAAUACCUGGUGCAAGUUGUGGCCCUGAAUGCGAUUGGCAGGUCUCUGAUGGAACCGCAGACAGCGAUUGGCUACUCCGGCGAAGACGUUCCACUGAAAGCUCCAAAGUCGUUGAAGAUCGCUGAAAUCGUCAAUUCGACCGCUGUUCGACUUCAGUGGGAACAUGUGGAUAUGUCAGCAAUCAGAGGUCACUUUCAAGGCUACAAGAUUCAAAGUUGGCUCAUUUUGACCGGCUAUCAGCAAGUGACGGAACGCCUGAAAGACGUGUUGGUGCCCGCCAAUUCAAACACUGUUCUGGUAGACUUGUAUGAACCAAUGAACACGUAUGAAGCGGUGGUCGUCGCGUACAAUGGCAAAUUCGACGGACCCCCGGGAGAAGUGGUUUACUUUACAAUGCCGGAAGGAGCUCCUAGCGCAGUUCGUGAUUUAACCGUAAAAUCGCUGGGAUCUUCUGUGAUUAGUAGCAAAUGGAAUGAACCCGCUGAACCGCGUGGCCGCUUGCGCGGUUAUUAUCUAUCAUUUUCCGCUUCUGAGAACAACAGCGAUGACAAGGAAGAGGAAACAUGGGUUCCGUACCCUCGAUCGAGUCAUCUUUUUGAAUCGGCAAAGGCGGACACCGCAUACAUUGUGUCGGUUUGGGCAGAAACAGGCGGAGGCGAGGGGGCGAAGACAUCGAUGAUGGUCAAAACUUGGGGCUACGAAAACCCAGGGAAACCCGAGAUGAAGCUCAAUUUAUUAAGCUCAAGCGACGUUGAAGUCACGUGGAUUCCGUCAGAAAUUGGUCUGCCAGGAACAGCUUUCAUGGUGAACUACUCAAUGAUUGGCUCUGGUAUCUGGCAGACAAGUGAUUUGGUGCCAAUUCCGGAAAAUCGACUGAUUAUUAAACAGCUGAAGCCUAAUUUCGACUAUACAGCUGUAUUGAUUGCAAGUGAUGGCGACAGAUAUACGGAGUCGGACCCUCAGUUUUUCAGGACGGUAAAUACCACCAUUCUGGGACAGGUUGUCACCAUAGAAAAAAGUCUCACCGGCAUCGCCUGGUUCAUUGCCGUUGUUUCGGCUGGGACUGUAGCAGUCGUAGUAAUCCUGGUACUUUAUGUGUUCUACAGAAACAGGGGUGGCAAAUAUUCAGUAAAAAAGAAGGAAAUCGAACGAGGCACAAAUCUUAACCGCGACGAGGAAAGGUGUUUCAUGGAGUACCAGUAUGGUUGCGGAUCGUCGGAUAUCACCACAUAG